AUGGUUAGGGAACAGCCAGUGUAUUACGAGUGUCGUCCUACCCAAUGCAACUAUUAUAAAAACUUUGGACAUAGAGGGGAGGAUUAUAAGAAAAAGAUCAGCUCUGAGGAGGCCAAAACUAUUGAGAAGAUGAAUCAACAUAAACAGAAGCCAGUAUUGUCUGAGUGGAGAAUAGUGCAAAGAGGAAAAGGCAUAAAUGUUGAUGAGAAACUUGAGACUCCACCACCAAGUAACAAGUCUGUGAUUACUCCGAAGGAGACCAUAGAGAAAUCAAGAGAGUAUGGAAGUGGAGCAAACAGUUCGAGAGGGCAUUGUUGGGAAUCUCGGCAGCUUAAUCCUAUUUUGAAUGAAUAG